GGCGGGGAGCGGGCGGGACGGGCCGGGCCGGGCGGCGCGGCCGGAGGCGGAGCCCGCGUGUCCCGAUCGCCGCUCCGGGCACCGGGGAGCGCGGGCCCGCCGGCCGCGGCGGCACGAUGCUGCUGUUCGUGGAGGAAGGGGUCUGGAGGAGGGAAAAUUUCCCUUUCUGGUGAAAGGGGACUGGAGCAUUAUGACAGUCAAGUCUUUAAAAGCUUAUGAGUUCCCAGAGUCCUUGCCGAGUAGCCGCUGCCUCCGCUGAUGUUGUCGGAUGUCAAUAAAGAGAGGUUGAAGGCAACACUUCUCAUGGAGCAGGUAACAUCAAAAGGUGCUGGCUUGAACCCCAACGCAAAAGUGUGGCAAGAAGUGCCCCAGGGCAGUGGUGAGGCCGUGCCCCCCACCAAUGGCACAGAGCACACGUGGCAGGAGACAGCAGCAGCCCAGGGGACUCCAGCUGAGGGUAACAUAGAGAUCUCAGAGGACAGCUGCAAGCAGUAUGAAGUGAUGUAUUCCCCGUCCUGUGAAGCCACAAGGAAUGGCACAGGAGUUGAUGAGGCGUCAGCAAAUGGAAUUGUCCUGGCAACUGAAGAUCUGGGAUACCAAAUCUAUGAAGUGUCUGGUGAUGGCAGCUCCACUGUGUCCACAGAAGACAUUCGAGAAUGUUUGAGAAAACAGCUUGAAUUCUGCUUCUCUCGAGAGAAUCUUUCAAAGGAUCUCUACUUGAUGUCUCAGAUGGACAGUGAUCAGUUUGUUCCAAUAUGGACAAUUGCCAACAUGGAAGGGAUUAAGAAGCUGACGACGGACAUGGACCUUAUUCUUGAAGUUUUGAGAUCUUCUCCGAUGGUACAGGUGGAUGAGAGGGGGGAGAAAGUCAGACCAAACCACAAACGAUGCAUUAUCAUUCUCCGGGAGAUCCCUGAAACUACACCUAUAGAGGAGGUGAAGGCUCUGUUCAAGAAUGAGAACUGCCCCAAGGUGAUAAGCUGUGAGUUUGCUCACAACAACAACUGGUACGUUACAUUCCAGUCCGACACAGACGCGCAACAGGCGUUCAAAUACUUAAGGGAAGAAGUGAAAACCUUUCAGGGCAAGCCAGUAAUGGCCAGGAUAAAAGCCAUCAACACGUUUUUUGCUAAGAAUGGUUACCGGGUCGUGGAUUCCAGCGUGUAUCCCCAGCCCGUGCAGACCCAAGCCCAGUUUGCCUCCCCCCUGUUUAUGCAGCCUGUAUAUAGCCCUCAGCAGUACUCCAUUUACAGCAUCGUGCCUCAGACCUGGUCUCCGAAUCCUGCACCUUACUUUGAGACACCACUGGCCCCGUUUCCCAACGGUGGAUUUGUGAAUGGCUUUAAUACACCAGGAUCAUAUAAAACAAAUGCUGCUUCUCUGAGUAUAGGUCGCCCAUUCCACAGGAAUCGGGUGAAGCCCCAUUUCCGCUCGUCCAGCAGCUCGGAGCACCCGGAGGGGCCGCCCGGCGCCGGGGCCCUGCCCAUGGGGGACCUGGGCAGAGCCAGCUCGAGGAAUUUUGUCAUGGAGCGACACAGCAGCUCGUUACCCGGGCACCAAGACCAAGGCUAUUCCCAGAAGGAUUCUCCCACGGCACAGCUGGAGCAGAACGGGGAUUACGGCGUCGGCAGGGGCAGGAGGAACGUGUUCAGAGGUCGGAGGAGACGGGAGGACGACCGCGUUUCGAGACCUCAGCCUUCAGCAGAAACAAAGACUCAGACACCAAAGUUUGACUUGCUUGCAUCCAAUUUCCCACCUUUGCCUGGCAGCACAGCAAAAAUGCUGGGAGAGCCUGUGCUGGAGAGCAGGAUGUCCGACAUCGUUAAAGGAGUCUGCAAAGAGAAGGAAAGCAAAGACUCCCUGUGCCCCUGCCCAGCUCCUGCCCUGGAAGAACAAACGCCCAGCGCUGCCCAACCGCCCGCGCCCAGCGUGAGCUCCCCGAGCCAGACUGAGCCUGUGCUGCUGAGCACGGUUCAGCCAGAGAGCAAACCGGAAGAAGUAUCUGCUCCAAAGGACGUGGCCAGCCCGGCUUCUCCGCCGGCAUCCGUCUGUCCCAUCAGUGCUGCAAAGCCACCGAGGACAAACACCUCCUCCCCUUCUGCUCAAGCAAGUGCAGCUCCUGCUCUGUCGACACAGGAGCCUCGCAAGCUCAGCUACGCCGAAGUUUGCCAGAAGCCCCCAAAGGAGCCGCCUCCGGUCCCCGUGCAGCCUCUGAGGGAGCACCGCGCCAACAUCGUUCCCCCUGCCAAAAACGAAGAGAACGGUACGCCGGAGAAGGCUCCGGAGAAGGCUCCUCACGAGAGGGCUGAAGGUCGAAUGAAGGAUUACUCCGGGUUCCGCGGCAGCGGGGCUCCCAGGGGAGCUGCUGGGAAAAUCAGGGAACAGAGGCGCCAGUUUGGACGCAGAUCUUCGCCUCAGGGAGCGCCGCGCCGCGUGGGCAAGGAGCAGUUCGUGCCACCCCGCUCACCAAAGUAACGCUGGGCCAGCCAAUGAUUCUGUGUUUCACUCGAGCUGUGGACUGAAGAGCAGCAGAGAGACUGAGGAGGGAAGGAUUCGGGAAGGGGAGUACUGAACUGGAGCGUGGCUUGCGUGGAGAAGUUGUGGAGGGUCCCAAAAUUCAUCUCUAAAAGUGAUUUCACAAAUGCUGGAGGAUUCCAAUCACUAUAAAUAUAGAGAGUAUAAUUUUUGUAUUUUUGUUUUUAAUUUGCAGAGGGUUUCCUGCUUGAAAUCAGCUUUGGGAUUGUGAAAGUAGUGUUUUGACAAAGUGAAAGAAUACGAGUUGACAAAUUAACCUGUCCCUCGGUGUAGGAGGAAAAAGGAUAAGAGAAUAUUAUUUUUGGAAAAUGAGCAUUUCUGUAAAAUUAGAACUUUUUUUAACCUAUUUAACGUUUGGCUUGUGGGCUGCUGUGUCUGCCAUGGAUGGCCUGGCAUUGCAGAGGCCUCUGCAGCAGCAGGAGCGGAGCGAGAGCAGCCAGAACUGUUGUCAUCACUCAGUCACUGCUGAUGAAACUGAAUGUACUACUGUAGUGUAACCCAUGUGUUUCCAGCUCGAAGUAGAGUCUCUUGACCUUACUAAUAUUUCAUGCAGCAAGCUUUUUAAGGAUUAAGUUUUGCAGGAUACUGGAUUGUAGAUGAGAGUGUGUGGACAGCAGAAAUUGUCUCGUAGACGCAGUGGAAGGAGGCAAAGGGAGCGUGUGAGAACCUUUAUUAUGCUCUUUUUCCUCACCUCCUUUUGAGGGCGACUCCUUAGGUUUGGGGUUUUGUUUGUUUGCUUUUUCCCCUCUCUUGUUACUUUCUCUAAUUUCUUUAUUACAGACUUUAGUGCAUUUUUCUUGGUGUGUUUUCCUGAGGCAGCCCCAGGGUAGGAUGGCAGGUGGCUACACAGCACCUGGUGUCACCUGCACAGGUAAGGAGCCUGGAAUUCCAGCUGCAGAUGCUGAAUUCUGCCUUGCAGGUGGGAACUCUGGGCACUCGCUGUCAUCUCUGGGUGACUGGGCAGCAAACCAGAGCUGUGGCUGGGUUUUCUCUGUGCUGACUCUGGAGUGGGCUGUUGGCUGCUGUAUUGCCAGAAAUCAGGGUUUAGACUCCUGGGAACUCGUUGUUUACGGCUGGUGUCAUAGCAACUGACUCGUUUUUAACUGUUUAAAGUGGAACUAAAGAUGCAGAGUGGAGGAAAUCCCCUCUGGAGCAGCGGCUCCUUGCCAGCUGUGUGCUGACUGAAUUUGCAACACUAUUGUGCAGUAAGUGGUUAAGUUUCAGAGCGAUUGAUGACCGAAAUAGGAACAUUCAGCGCAUUAAUCUGCCAAAAUCAGCACACCAGGGUUCAAAGUCCUGUAUAAAGCGUUAGGGAAAAGCAGCUUCCGGCAGUAAGAAUCACAUCUUUAUUUUUUCCUCUUUUUUUUUUUUUUUUUAGUGAAUAGCAAGUGUACAAUUUUGAAGUUGUAAGUUGUGAACACUGGAAAACUCAAUUGUGAUAUAUUCCGUAACCAUCUUAGUAAUAUAUGCUCGUGUUGCCAUAGAAUGAAUGUAAGUGGCAGUUAAAAUAACUGUGAAAUUUUUCAUCUUCUGAUUUCUUAGCCAGAUAACCCUUGGCAACUUGGGCCUCAGUAGGAAUUCUCUAUCAACUGCUUGGAGAACACUCAUAUCUAUUUUUAUAAAUAUAUAUAUAAAGCCAGAGUUGUCAUUUCUCUAACUUAUUAUUCAGCUUGGCAGUUGCUUUGAGUUGAUUCAUAACACGAUAUAAUGUAUUUAUGCAGUUACCUGUUCAUUUCUAGGCAUGUUACAAAGAGACAGUCAGAGAAUCAUCGAAUGGGCUGAGUUGGAAGGGACCCAUCAGGAGCAUGGAGUCCAACUCCUGGCCCUGCACAACAUCCCCCAAAAUCCCACCCUGUGCCUGGGAGCGUUGUCUAAAUGCUUCUUGAGAUCAGACAGGCUUGGAGCUGUGACCCCUUCCCUGGGGAGCCUCUUCAGUGCCCCACCCCCUUCUGGGAGAGGACCUUUUCCUGAUCUCCCACCUCAACCUUCCCCAGCUCAUCUUCCUGCCAUUUCCUCGGGUCCUGAAGUAUGUAUACAUAUAUAUAUCUACAUAUAUAAAUAUAUAUAUAUGUAUAUAUAAACCCCAAAAUCACUCUUCACUUUGAAACUACCUGUACUGGCUUUGGGAGGUUUUUUUUUUUAAUUUAGUGAAAAAAAAUCGUUGAUCCCAUCCACAGUUAGGGAUUCUUGCAGACCCUUCUCAGUUUAUUUUGAUAAUGCUACUCUUGCUGGAAUGAUAGAGGAGUUUAAAUAUUUACUGUCAAACUCCUGAAAUGCAACGAAUGCAAAGUUGAAUUAAAGGCUCUAAACAAUUCCUGCAGCCAAACUGGAGCAAAACAAGCCUGCAGGAUGGCUCACGGGUGUUUAGGGGAGACGUGUUGAGGGAGCUUGGGAUGCUGACAGCUCUGGCUGUUGGGAGGAGUUGAGAGGGAAGGGGCUGCUGCAGGUGUGGCUCCGAGUUCCCUGCUCCAGUGUCAGUGACGUGCUCGUGCUGAGAGGACCCGAGCGGUGAGAUGGAGCUUUGGCAUUGAUCAGAUGAGGGAAAACCCAACCGACCGUGGCUCCAUCUUCCCCGAGGGGCGGUGGGAAGGGCUGCUCCCUGAGUGCCGGGGGUGUUAACAGCAGCAGCGGGUCUGGCUCCCGUGCAGGGGAUGUAGGGCAGGCUGUGACCGUUGGCUUUUCCCAGCAUAUCCAAACCUCUCUCAGCUUAGGGCGCUUGGAAUGAUUGAUUUCACACCUGCCUGCAAGGAUUUCACCUGAGCAUUUCCCUUCCGCCAUUUCCAGCUGUGGUUUGGGGUUUGGUUUUGUUUUCCUGUUCUUUUCUGUGCAGGGCGAAAUUCCCGUUGGAUACAGAGGCUGUGAAACUGUCCUGGGGUGGGAGUUCUCCUCAGCUCUGGGACUGGGACUGGCUUUGCCUUUUCCUCUCCUGCUGCGCUGGGAAGGGUCUUGUGUCUGUCCCCAGCAGUUUACCCCUUGGGCAGAGCGGGGAAGCUGGGGCAGAGGGGUGGUUUGGAAGCAGACCCACAGCUCUUGUGUCUGUCCCCAGCAGUUUACCCCUUGGGCAGAGCGGGGAAGCUGGGGCAGAGGGCUGGUUUGGAAGCAGACCCACAGCUCCUGGGCUCAUGGGAGCUGCUCCCUGGCACCGGAGCCCUCCGUGCUUCCCUCUGGGUGGACCCUCACGGGAUACAAACUGUCCUGCUCUGCUGAUAGUAGAUGCCAGGAGGUGCAAAUCACACCUGACUUCGAGUUUUAGGAACUGUGACUUGUUUUCGGAGUUGUUGACUUCCUUUAGGGACAGAAAUACACUUCCCAGGUCAGUUCUUUUCCAAAUUACCGCGUGUGGAAAAGAUCGGGGCACUGUCUCGUGCUUCUGCUGGGGAGUGAAAAGAAGAAAUUCUUUGCAUGUGAUAGUAAAAUUAAAAGUGCAAAAAGUUUUGUUUCUUUUGAUUUCUAACAUUAAGUUAGUUUUAUAGUAUCUUACAUUCCUGCUCUUGUUGUUUUGUUGGAUUUUUUGUUUUUUCUUUGAUUAGCCUGGCACAGUAUGAUGGUGCAGUUUUAGCUGUAGGAAAAAAAAAAGAAAAAAGUAACCCACUAUUAACCAGAAGAGAAAGAUGAUACUGUGGCAGAUCAGUAGCAAAUAAGUGACUUAAUCAAUGCUUUACUGUAGUUAAAUAGCUAUGGCCUUACUACUUUGUCAAUAUCAGCUUAAUUGUCUUGAAACUGUCUGCGAUUUUUACUGUUCCCAGGUGAGUUUGCCUGGGCUGAGAUAUCUGGUAUGUACAGAUGAUAUUUUAAAUUUGUAAAAUGCACCAUUGUAUUACAGAUGAUGCAACAGAAAUGCACUUCGGGGGGAAAUGGCUUCUGAUGAGUUUUUUUGUAAAUCCUUGAUUACUACAGAUAUGCAAUAGAGUUUUUGUUUCUAAUUUUGAUAUUUCCUUCUGAAACGUAAGAUUGUUGCCAUUAAUCUGAAUGAUUUAUCAUGCUCUUCUUUGCGUGUAUAUAUUCCAUAUAGUCUGAGCUUCCUUUAGGAUGGUACAUAAUUUUGGGUUGUUGUAGUACUUUAGUUGGCUCUUCUCUUCAGUGCCUUUAGCGCAGGCACUUCAAGAGGUUCACUGAGUCUGUUUUUUAUGUACAGUUGGGAGGACUUGAAAUGGAGUUAAAGCAACUUAUUUCUGAAAAAAAAAAAUCCAUCUGCAAACUAACCUGUAACAACUUUAAAAUUUUAUAUUUAAGAACCAGAUGUUUAUUUUUAUGGAACUUCAGUUAUGGAUACAGUUUCCAAAAAAAAAAAAAAUGCAACUUCAAAUGUAAACAGACUGUGCAUAAAUGGGUUUUGUUCUAAUUUUUAUAGAAUACAAAAUAUUCAGAUAAUAUAUUGAGCUCGAGUUACUACAGACAUCUUGUUCCUCCCGGAUGAAUCCAGCUUCCCCUUGGCAUUGACGAUCUCUCUUCAAAGUGGUAGGAAAGGAGAAAAAAACGACUUAUCUGGCUUUUAGACUGUCUGUUCUGGUUUAUUCCUGUUGUCAAAAUGUCCAAAACAAAAUUUGUGUAAAGUAGGUUCAUGCUUUAAGUGUUCAAAUGAUAAUACAUGUAUUUGUAUUUGUUUUUGACAUUGCCAAGGUGCUAUGGGAAAUUGAAAUAACAGUUAGAAAAAUAAAGCUGAUUUAAAAGAAAAAAAAAACCCACCAAAAAAAAAAAAAAAAAAAAAGAAAACAAACCAAAAAAAAAAGAAAAAAACCCU